AUGGAACGAUUCUUUAAAAGAAAAUUAUCUACGGAUAGUUCUUCUCUGUCUAACCCGGGUAGUUCAAAUGCAAGACCAAUUGAAGUAGAUGAGAUCUUAGCUAAUCUUCAAGCAGACCCUGGACUAAGAACUCGAAUGGCGGAUUAUAGUCCUAAUAUUCGGGAUGAGAUCCGAAGGGCAUAUCUACAAAAGGGACCUUGUCAACCUAGAAGUUAUAAAUUCCCACAAACUAAUCAAUCAGGAAUUAAUAGACGCUUCAUUGCUCAUUGGUUUGAUGAUCAUGAUUGGUUGGAAUAUAGUAUUGCUAAAGAUGCUGCGUUUUGUCUUCAUUGUUAUCUCUUCAAAUCUAAUUUUGAUCAAGUGGGUGGUGAUGCAUUCACUGGGGUAGGCUUCAAUAAUUGGAAGAAGGCGAAAGAAAGAUUUAACCUUCAUGUUGGACCGGUUGGUAGUGUUCACAACCAAGCUAGAGAAGUUGCUUACAAUUUGAUGCAUCAAACUACACACAUUGAAACAAUUGUGAUCAAGCAAACAAGCCAAGCUCGCACGGCUUAUCGCACUUGCUUGAAUGCAUCACUUAAGUGCACUAGGUAUUUGUUGCGGCAAGGGCUUUCUUUUCUUGGUCAUGAUGAAAGUGCACAAUCAAGUAAUAAAGGGAAUUAUUUAGAGCUCUUGCAAUUUCUUGCGGAUCAUGAUGAAAAAGGUAAGGCCGUUGUGUUGGAAAAUGCUCCGGGAAAUUUAAAGUUAAUAGCUCCUUCAAUUCAAAAAGAUCUUGUCAAUUCUUGUGCCAAAGAAACCAUUGAUCUUAUCUUGAGUGAUGUAAAAGAUAGAUAUUUUUCAAUAAUGGCGGAUGAAGCACGUGAUGUUUCAAUAAAGGAGCAAAUGGCGAUGGUGUUGCGUUAUGUGAAUGACAAAGGACAAAUAAUUGAAAGGUUUGUGGGGGUUCAACAUGUAACCGACACUACUUCAAGUGCACUAAAGGAAGCAAUUGAUGAAUUCUUUUCUUCCGUGAAUUUGAGCUUUUCCAAGCUACGAGGACAAGGUUAUGAUGGAGCUAGUAAUAUGAGAGCACUUGUUGCGGUAGCAAAGAAAAACAUUGAUGUCAACUCUUUUUUCACAACGGCUAAUAGUUUGGUUAAUGUUGUUGGAGCAUCUUGUAAGCGUCGCGAUGCACUUAGAGCACAAUACCAAGAAGAGCUUGUGAGAGCUUUUGAAGAUGAUUGUCUUAUAACGGGGCGGGGCUUAAAUCAAGAAAGGACUCUCAAACGUGCUGGCGAUACACGAUGGAACUCACAUUAUGGUACGUUGAUUAGUAUCAUUUCUAUGUUCCCAUCUGUGGUGAAUGUGCUUCAAAUGAUUGUUGAUGAUAAUCCUAAUGAUAGUUCGGGUGAAGCCUAUAAGUUAUGGAGAGAAAUACAAUCUUUUGAAUUUGUGUUUCACUUAUUUGUAAUGAAAGCUAUAUUGGGAAUAACAAACACUUUGUCUCUAGCAUUGCAAAAGAAAGAUCAAGACAUUGUGAGUGCAAUGAAUUUAGUGAAAACAUGCAAGGAAAACCUGCAGUUGAUGAGGGAUAAUGAGUUUGAAGAAUUGGUUGAGCAAGCAUCCUCGUUUUGUUACAAAAAUGAUAUUAUAGUUCCUACCAUGGAUGAGGAAUAUGUAAUUCCAGGGAGAUCACGGCGUAAUGCUCCAAUGAAGACAAAUUAUCAUCGUUAUCGUGUGGAGAUCUUUAUUCAUGUAAUUGAUGGGCAACUUGCGGAGUUAAAUGAUCGCUUCAACGAGUACUAUCUUUCUAUCUUUAAUCCUAGAUCUGCCACUGGAGACAGUAGCUCAUCUCCUAUUCCAGUGCAAAUAUGCACGGUUGUUCUAGUUUGCAUGCCCCAUUCAAUUAGAUGUGCGGUCGUUCUAGGGGGGACCUUUGCGGACAUAUGGUUGGAGCUGUGUGAUCGUUUUGCACAGGAGUCUGGAAGGGAUAGGCUACUGAGUUCCAUUGCAUACGGGCUCUGGCGGCUAUGGAAGUGCCGAAACAGUCCGGUCUUUGAGGGGAUUUCGGUUCACCCAGCUGCAGCUGUGGAGCUCAUGAUCAAACAGCAAACUGAAUUUUUGUAA